ACUAAAUAGGGAACAAACUAGUUACAGGGCACACCAGUGUGAAUGCUGCGAUAUAGUGAAACCCUUGGUUUACUUGAAAGAAGAAGAAGUAAAGUAAGUGUUAAAGCGUAAACACAAAAAGUUAACACAGCGAGUUUAAUGACCGUGACUCACUAACAGAUUCAGAUCCACACUCAUAAUCAUCAUCAUCAUCAUUAACAACCACUACCCCACUCUUUUCUCUUUAUUCUUACGACCCUUCUCCACUCUACAUUCAGAUCUCAAAAACAAAUAAUGAAGGACUCAAAUCCCAGUAGCAGUAGCAGCAGAACCGAACCCAUAGCACAAAACCUCAUCAAACUCAUAAGCAACCUCUGUUUCUCACUCUUCGUUUUCUCAGUACUCAUCUUCACUGUCAUUGCCAUCACUUACCAACCCCCUGACCCAUGGCUUCAAUCAGCACCUGCACUCACCAACCUCUUCACUCAAUCAGAAAACGCCACCUUCCAAAUCGACACCUCCAUCAUUAAAACCGGCGAGGACCUCUCCCCUUCGCCGCAGGAUCCUCCACUCCCUCUUCUUCCUCCCGCCGCCGUCCCCGCCGUCACCGAAGCUGUUAUUGAGAAGGAGGAGCGAGUCUUCAAUUCCACACCCUCCCGCCCCGAUUGCGACGAUCUCCGCAGCGGAACCCUAAAUUGCUCCGACCCUCGCGUACUCAUCGCCGUGCAGAGGUUCAACCUCCGCGCCUUCAAGUCCAUCUCCUUCUUCGAGUAUCAGCCGCCGGUUAACGGCUCCGCCCCCGGCGAGUGCGACGUCGCGUGGCGGUUCCGCAACAAGAGGGAGAAGUCGUGGCGGAAGUACCGCGAUUUCCGGCGGUUCAGGAUUGGCGUUGCUGAUGAUUGUAAGUACAAGGUUAUCCACGCCGGCGGCUGGCAUUCCGGCACCAAUGCCCGGCGUAACUCGACCCGAAUCGGUGCUCGUAAUGGUAAGGGUAAAACCGUGCCGCGAAUUACGAAACCAAACCGUGAUGAUGAGAUCAAUGACACGAUUCCUGUUUUGGGAUCGGAGAGUAGUUUUAGGAAUGGGAAGUAUUUGUAUUACUCGCGGGGUGGGGAUUAUUGCAAGGGGAUGAAUCAUUACUUGUGGAGUUUAUUGUGUGGGUUGGGUGAGGCUAUGUAUUUGAAUCGGACUUUUGUUAUGGAUUUGAGUCUUUGCUUGGCUGCAACUUAUAAUCCUAGUAACAAGGAUGAAGAAGGGAAGGAUUUUAGGUACUAUUUUGAUUUUGAGCAUUUGAAGGAGGUGACUUCCAUUGUGGAGGAGGGUGAGUUCUUGAGAGAUUGGAAGAAAUGGGACAAGACACAUGUUAAGAAGAAGAAGGUUCCUGUUAGGAAGGUUGUGACCCAUAAGGUGACUCCAUUGCAGCUUAAGAAAGAUAAGAGCAGCAUCAUAUGGAGGCAGUUUGAUGCCCCUGAGCCUGAGAAUUAUUGGUACAGGGUUUGUGAGGGUCAGGCUGCAAACUAUAUUCAGAGGCCUUGGCAUGCUUUGUGGAAAUCCAAGAGGUUGAUGAAUAUUGUUACAGAGAUCAGUGGAAGAUUGGACUGGGAUUUUGAUGCACUCCAUGUUGUUCGGGGAGAGAAAGCUCAGAAUAAGGAGCUAUGGCCUCAUUUGGAUUCCGACACUUCACCGGAUGCUCUUCUUGAGAAGCUUAAAGGGAUGAUUCAGCCUAGGAGAAACUUGUAUAUUGCCACCAACGAGCCUUUUUAUAAUUACUUUGAUAAAUUGAGAUCGAAUUUCGAGGUCCGUUUGCUUGAUGAUUAUAAGGAACUGUGGGGGAAUACGAGUGAGUGGUACAACGGAACGAGUCUUCUCAACAAUGGAAAGCCUGUUGAGUUUGAUGGGUACAUGAGAGUUGCAGUGGAUACAGAGGUCUUUUACCGUGGAAAGACACGUGUGGAAACUUUCUAUAAUUUGACUAAAGAUUGCAAGGACGGAGUUAAUACAUGCUGAUCAGAGUGUUCCUAAAGUUGAAAUAGAGAAACUUACUUGGGUUUUCAGAUUUAAGGGGAACUUUAUUUUGUAAUUCAUCAGUUCCAUCCAAAAUUGCAUGAAAGAGUUCUACGUUUGAAAGUUUUCCUAUAUAUUGAGAAACAUCUGCAUUGAAGGUCUUACUUUUGACCAAUGUGACAGUGACGAAUUUGUUGGUUUUGCCUAAACUGAUAUUCUAAGGUUUCAACAUAGCUGGCAAGAGGUAGUUUCAAUCAUAUUGUUUCUACUGUGAUCCGAGAAGGAUAUUUUGUUUCAGUUCUUGCAUUCAUCAUCUGUAUUCUAUUUUAUUUGGGUUUUCAUCCGUGGCGAAGCCCGAAGAGGAAACAGUUAUAUGUUCUGCUACAGGUUUAUAUAGACAAACUAAUUUGGGUUUUCUCCCACCCAUUCCACAUUUGUUUUGCUAAAUUUGGGUUACCA